ACGCGCGAAUUUAGCCUUUGUUAUUUCACUUGGUAUAAAAACAGGCCGUUAAAUCGUUACCAACUCAGCCACUCAAUUCCACGAAACUCAACCAUACCUAGUGAAGGCUUUCGACUCUCCUUUCAACCUACAAUUCCUGAUCCCCAUACCCCGACAAGCGUUUCCGAAUACGCGGGCGCCGCUCGCAACGCCUUGCAAAUGUGCGCUUCGAAACAUUCUAUGACGGAAAAGAUCGUUAGAGUAUCCGAUCGGCCAACAAAUGCUGAUGAGCUAAGCGGGUGCGAUGCAGAACUUUCAGUCUCACUGUAUCACGACAGUGACAAUGACACUUUGGAAACUAGUCAGUACCCACAAGGGUUUAAUCCAAACCCGGAAAAGUUUGGCCAUGCUGAAGAAGGAACAUAUGAUCGACCACUCGUUCAUAGAUACAAGUGUGCCAAUGAGUCCACUUCAAUUGCCCCAAUAUCUACUUAUACGCAAACCUGCGGAGCAGAAGAAGCGCCCACAGACAUAUCUCCGAUUAGUCACGAGAUCCCUCCAGCUGCGAGGGUACCGAGGGCUUUAAUGUCUGGCCACCUUGAAGGAGAAGUUGAAGGUACAGGCCACUUCGACACGGUGCAGGAGCCAGAUGGACGAUCCUUAAUCAAUCAAAAUCAGUCUGCUCAUAAACCAUCUUCGAUGGUGGCGAUGUCUCAAUAUAUAAUACCAGGAAGGGCAGAGGAAGAGUUGAUGAAAGUCAUAUUGGCUCGACUGGAGAAACCCCCGGCUACGAUACCGAGCACUAUAGUCUCUGACGGCUAUAUUGAAGGAUUUAAAGACAAGGGAAACUGUAAUGCACCGCUUGAUCCAGCAUUGGCCGAGCCUGUUGGUGAGAGACCAACAAUUCCUCCUAUCAAACCGUCACAGUACACGCCAGCAUAUCAAGCACCUGCUGCCACCUCAAAUCCUGCAAAUGGACCUUCUCCAUCGUUCAUUAAUUUCCAAUUGCCCAUUUCUACUCACCAUCAUCAGAUGCCCCUGACAUCUGAAGCGGGCUCGCGGAAGAGCCGUCAGCAACAGGCAGUCUACUACCGCACAACAAACAAUCGGCGCGUUCGGGUCGGCGAGGGCGACAUGCCGCACUACUCUGAGCCUGCAUCCAAAGCGAAAAUUCACAAGGAUCUGAUUCGAGAGGAGAAGACACCCGAUCCACUGAACUGUACCACACGUGCGCAGAUAAUACGCGCUGCGCAAUCAUUUGAGGGGAACAAGUUUCCGUUUCGCUGGUCCGAGCACAAAGACAUGUUGGAAAUCUCACUCAAGGAAGCGCUGAUCACACAGGUCAAUAUGAAAUUGGAGUCUGGUCUUGUGGGCGGUCUGAUGCCUCUCAAAGAUAUGGAUAUUCGAGGUGUAGCGCCUGAGUAUUUUGGCCCCGUGUUGUUCUCAAAGACAGGGUUGCAGCAGAGGAUCAACUGGAGAUGGUGCGCCCAGCAUCUGGAGAUCAUUGAAAAACUGGAUUUAUCAAAGCCGAACAUGGAUCUGGAAGAGCUGGAUUGGUUGGAUAAAUCCACGGGGUCUUGGAUGGCGCCUCCUGAAGAGCUUGAAGAGGGUGAGAUUCGCGAGGAAGAGGUAGAUCAGUACGGGAUAGUCAAGCAAGAAGGGGAGCAGUCUUGA